CAUGGAUAUUGGAUAUUGAAUAUUGCUGUUGGAAGGUCACGUGACCACUAUUCUAGAAUCUUCGACCGAAGUUACACGAAGAACUGCAUAAUGCUGGUCACUGCAACUUGUUUGCGUCGUAGUCAUCAUGUCUUGAAGUUGGCUAGUCAGAUGCACAAUUCGACACCUUUCGUUAAACCAUCUUUAUCGAAACAAAUUGUUCGAUCUUUCCGAAUAUUCCCGGUGGUCAAUAAUUCAGUGCGCAGACGUGCAGGACGCAUCAAUCUAAAAGCAGAGUCUGAAGAUUCACUCACUAUUGAUAAAAAUCGAGCUUUAAUUGGUGCAGCUGCUGCAGUCGGUAUUGGAGGCCUUUGUAUUUAUGGUUUGACUGCAAAAGAUGGUUCGGUUUCGGCGUUUGAUCGAUCAGUUGCAUGGCCAGAUUACGUUAGACAGCGUAUUCGAGCAACGUAUGGUUACUUACUGGGUAGUGCUGCAAUAACAGCUGGCUCUACACUUGCCUUUUUCCAGUCUCCGGCUAUGUGCCGUUUAAUGCUGAGUGGUGGAUGGCUCGCUCCUAUUGGAAUGGCAAUACUAAGUAUGGGUGCAGGAGUUGUAUACCAGUCAAUUUCUUACCCAGAGUCUGGUUUAGGUGCUAAACACUUGGCAUGGGUCGUAUAUUCUGUUAGUUUGGGUGGAAUGUUGAUGCCUAUCUGUCUAGUUGGUGGACCAAUUCUUACUCAAGCGGCUUUGUACACUGGAGGUAUAGUGGGUGGUCUUUCAUUGGUUGCGGCGACAGCACCAUCAGACCGUUUCCUCAAGUGGGGAGGUCCUUUAGCUAUCGGCUUAGGCGUGGUUGUUGUGUCAUCAGUUGGUUCCAUGUUCCUAUCACCUGUCAGUCGUUUGGGAUCUGGUCUGGCGUCUAUCAGUCUCUAUGGUGGUCUCCUUCUCUUCUCUGGAUUUCUGUUAUACGACACACAACAUGUGAUUAAACGUGCAGAGACACAUCCACCUCCAAAUUUCUAUUCCCCUGCUCUGUCUCAUCAAACGCGUUUUCAACACCCAGAAACUUUGAAACCAUUCGAUCCAAUCAAUAAUUCCAUUCGAAUUCUUCUGGAUGCUGUGAACAUUUUCGUUCGUAUGGUCGUAAUAUUAUCAGGCGGUGGACAGCGUAGAAAAUGAACACCAUCGCAGAUAUAUUCACCAGAUAUGAUUUCAUAACUUUAUUCUUUUGAAAUGUAGAAAACUGGUCGCAUCCAUAUUGUUUGCGUUUAUUGCAAGUGUGUAUCACAACACGUAAUAUAAUAAGUUCCGUUCCAAUUUUACUUGUUUGAAAUUAUUGAUCUGAGUGUAUAAGGGACGUCUGUUAUUUGCUAUUGCCUUUUUCGAACUAUAAAGCAAGUUAUGUUUGAGAUAGCUUACCCUUGUCAUUCGUUUACCGAUUCCCUUUUCAAAUAAUUCCAGUUUUCUGUAAGAAUUACAGUAACUCAGGUCUUUGCG